GUCAAAAAAAAAAAAGACAUUGAAAUGGCAGAAAGAGAGAACACCGUCCGUAACUCCGCUCUUUUGUACCCAAGAACUACUGCAGCCAUGGCCGAUACUAUUGCAGCCGCCACCGUUUCCCUCUUUCUAAAACCCUCAACUCGCCACUCCCAGCUCUUUCUUACUCUCACCGCUUCUCUUCCUGUUCUUCGAUUCAACUCUCUAAAGAACCCGAAGUUCCGGCCAUUGGUAGUUUCCUCUUCAAUGAGCAUCGAUUCAGUGGCAGCCCCCCAGGAAACUUCAUCAAAAUCAUCCUUCUUUCUUGAUCACAGAGAAGGCAGCAGAUUCCUUCACUUUGUCAAGUACCACGGCCUCGGCAAUGACUUCAUUGUGUUUGAUAAUAGGGACUCUAGCGAGCCCAAGAUAAGACCAGAGCAAGCAGUGAAGUUAUGUGAUAGGAAUUUUGGGAUUGGGGCAGAUGGGGUGAUUUUUGCGUUGCCUGGGGUUAAUGGAACUGAUUAUACAAUGAGGAUUUUUAAUUCUGAUGGGAGCGAGCCGGAGAUGUGUGGCAAUGGGGUGCGGUGUUUUGCCAGGUUUAUUGCCGAGUUGGAGAAUUUUCACGGCAAGAGACAGAGUUUUACUGUGCAUACUGGUGCUGGUUUGAUUGUUCCUGAGAUUCAAGAAGAUGGGCAAGUUAAGGUUGAUAUGGGGGAGCCGGUGCUUAAAGCAGCUAACGUGCCAACGAAAUUGGCUUCGAAUAAGAAUGAUGCUGUUGUUAAGUCGGAAUUGGUUGUGGAUGGAGUGACUUGGAAUGUGACAUGUGUUAGCAUGGGAAAUCCUCAUUGUGUAACUUUCGGCACCAAAGGAGGGGAGGAUUUGCAGGUUGAUGCAUUAAAUCUGGCUCAAAUCGGUCCUAAGUUUGAACAUCAUGAUGUGUUCCCAGCACGAACUAACACUGAGUUUGUGCAAGUUUAUUCACCUUCACAUCUCAAAAUGCGUGUCUGGGAGCGCGGGGCAGGAGCAACAUUGGCCUGCGGAACCGGCGCUUGUGCAACAGUGGUUGCAGCAGUUCUUGAGGGUCGUGCUGGUAGGAAUUGCACGGUUGAUCUACCUGGAGGUCCUCUGGAGAUUGAGUGGAGGGAGGAAGACAACCAUGUGUACAUGACUGGCCCAGCUGAAGUGGUGUUUUAUGGAUCAGUUCGCCUAUGAUAUCUCCUAGAAUGAUGAUCCAUUAUUUAGAGCCCGUUAGCAGAGAUAUAAUUAGAGUUUCUUGAAUUUUUUUUAUAUGUUUUUGUAUCGUGUUUAUAUAAAGAAUAAAAUUUAAAAAAUAAAAA